AUCCGGGCAUUUGCAACAUUUUCCGAUGUUUAGCUGCAGCGGUUCAAAUUUGUAAACGUAUUCUCUGUUUAAUUUAGUACCUAGUUAUGCAUUUCGUUUAUUUUCUUUGAAGAGUAUUCAACACAAUUUCUUUCGCAUCUGGUUUUUUCUCGUAUUCUGUUUCCCGUCGUGCUUGACAGCUGUAGUUUUCAUCGGAUACUUGCAAAGCAAUUCCACAAGUUUAACAACUAAUUCAACACGUAACAUUGACAAUGACAAGUAUGGAAGCAGAGAGAGCUAGUAAUUCUGACGACAAUGGAAGGGACACGCCUAGAGAAAGUUUUGAAAUGCCGGCAAGGACAGAUACCCCUGGUCCAGUGCCAAAGUACAUGUAUAGCAGGGACGAGUUGAUGGAUAUAUCUACAAGUAAGCUGGCUAAAGAAAGGCCUCCAUGUCUGUCCAAGGACCAUGACACGACUGAUGGACUUUGGGAUCCAGAGAGGUGGUUUCGAUCUUUCGACACCUCUCGUGGAAACUCCCCUAUGACUGUUGGAGAUAAGAAGCGUCCACCCGAGUUAGACAGAGAAUACCUUAAUCGUCGCAGACCAUCAGAUCCUAAAGAGCGUUUGAGGGAUGAUAGAGAUGGAAUUGUGUUGAGCCCUCAGCGACGAAGCUUUGGGACAGGAUGUCAUGUCAGUAGUCAUGUCCCAUUAGGACGACAAAUCAGCAUCCCUGGACAGGAAAAUGGAGAAAGUAGAGACAGAAAUGCUAGAAGAAUAGGAAGUGGUCGAAUCCAAAUUGACAGAGAACGAGAACCUGCACACCAAGAACGAGACUUCAGAGCGAUCCGUGACAGGUUUGAUCGUGAAGACCGCAGAUUUGAAAGCAGAGAAAACAGGGGCUUUGGGAGACGAGAGUUUGAAGAUAGGCAGAACUACAGAGAAAGAGGACAUUAUAACAACAGAAAUAGGCGAGAUUCCUUCCGGGGUCGUGAGGAGGAGGAGCCAGAAUGGUUUACAGAGGGACCUACCAGUCAACAUGAACGCAUUGAACUCCAUGGAUUUGACAAGCGGCGCUCCAACACCCCAGAAAAGGAUGAAGGCAAUUGGAGGCAAAUGGAAAAAGAGGAGGCAAGUACACGAGGAGACAAGAUUGAGGAGGUGCCUCAGAAGAAGGAGGAAGAGGAGAUGGAGGAGAAUCAUCAAGGAGAGUCUGUGGCAAAUGUGACUGACAGAAAUGGUAGUCUAGAAACAAAUGAACCAAGUUCUCCUGAAGAAUCCAACAACUCGGAUAGCAUCAAUGUGCAGUCACCACAAAACAAUAAUCUGUUUGACUUCAAUGAAUUCUUUAGAAUUGAAAACUUACCUGGACUUAAUGAUGGAGUCAGUCCAACAGCUGAUGUAACAGGUAUCCAGAGUCGAUUCAGUAAGUGGUUCUCCAAUAACAGUAGGGACAACAGCAGGAGGUCCUCAAUCAAUGAAGAUUUUGGAUAUCUGAAUGAUUUGUUGAGUGGUUCUAAGAGUCCAGUAAUCCCUUCACCCCCACCACCCUCUGCCAAUUCUUUCACUCACCAGUCCAUAUUCUCCACAUCAGCAAACAGCACAUUCCAAGACAAACCACAACAUCUGAGUUACGACUUUACCUCAGUGCAGAAAAAUACAAUUGGUCCCAUGCUGAAUGCAUUGUUCCAGAACUCUUCACAUGACAGAUCUCACAGGAGUAGUACUAGCAGUAUGACGGCACAGGAUGCAGAGGCACAGCUCAAAGCAUUGUUGUUUGGAAGAAAGGGUUCUACUCCAUCUAGCAGUGGCACAGGUAGUCCUUCUGUGGCCUCUCCACUCAAUCUUCCUGGGCGAUUUAAGACGGUGGCAGAAUUAGAAGCUGACAUGAAGCCCCCUAAUCGUACUUUCACCCCACCUGGUGCCCCUAUACAGCACCCUGUGACGAGCCAGUCAGUUCAGCGUAAGGUAACCCAGCCUCCCCCUCCAGCACAGUCACCUAAGGAUCAACAGGAUGAUCUGGCUGCCUUUAACAAACUCCUGAGUCUGAUGCAGGCAGGGGCUGCUGCAGCAGUGGAGUCUCCCACCAAACUGCCACAGAUUGUUGGACGAAAUCUUGAUCAGCGAACCAUGUCCCCUAUCUUUUCUGGCCAACCCCCUGCUCCCUCCAACAAUAUGCCACCCACAGGACAGCAACCUCUCACCCCUGGCAGUGUUGCGCAGAACGAGUUCCUCCAGGCUCUAUUGCGAAAUAAGGAGCAACAGCUGCAGAUUCGCCAGCAGACUUUAAAUCACAUGCGAGGAAGUGUUCACAUAAACAACCAGUCAACUCCAAUAGCUCAACCCCCACAGAACUUUCAGCAGACCCCACCCUCUGCAGGAGCCACCCAGCCCAAGCAUCCAAACAGCUCUGAGGCACUGGCCAAUUUUAUCAAGCAAAAUCCUACUAUAAUUACCAAACCCUCCACACCUACCCCUCCCCCACAACAACCACCACAGCCCCUUCACAAUGUGCCGGCAGUUCACUCUCCCCUGGCCCCACACCCAGGCCAGGCAGCUGUUAUUGGUUUGAUGCAGAAUACCACAUCUCCAAGAGCAGCCUCUCCCCAACUUAUUCAGCAGACUUUGUUGGCCCAGCCAGGAUCUCCAAGAGUUCCCUCUCCCAUCAUGUUCAGUCAGCAGCCACCAAUGCAUUUGAGUGCCCCUUCACCUAUCCACCCGUCACAAAUAGCAGGAAAAACCUCACCUGUUUCUAUGCAGGCAGCUACCAACUUAUCUUCCACUGGUACAGCCACAAUUAGACCACCUGUGGUGCCUCGUGUUCCAAGCCCCCAGGAGCUGAUUGCCCACACACAGGCCAUUAUGCAGACUGCCCUCCUUAAAAAGCAACUGGAGGAUCAGAAAGAGAGAUUCAUCAAAAAACAGCAAGAAAGAGGAAAGUCCCCAAAUCCUCCUGCUCCACAAGGAAAAGUGGCACUGGUUGGCCAGCAGCUUAGUCCUGCAUCCCCUUGUUUAGCCCCAAGUGGAACUUCUUCAGCUUCAUCUAUCCCUCAAUCCUCAGUUCCCCAAAGCACUCCCACAUCACAGUCAAUGUCUGCUUCUAAGCAACCAUCUGUCACAGCAUCUUUCACGCCAACUUCAGUAAUGAGAAAAAUGCACUCUGACAAAGCUAGUGAAAAAGAGAAACAGAGAGUAGAUGGUCAGAAAAUCGAUGGAAGUGAUGGUGACAAAAGAACCCCACCUGUUAAACAGUUAAUAAUGCCAGAUGACCUUAAAGACCAAAGUAAUGAGGGCAAGAAAAUGGAUCAUAACGUGUUUAAUUUCCGAACAGUGCAACAACAGAACCAGGUUUCUCAAUCUUCUAGUCACCCACCCAUGUCUAUGGGACAGAACAUUGUAUCCCCAGGCACAAGUCAAGCUUCCAUCAAUGCUCACAAUCAAAUGCCAAACCUUAGCAUUCCUCCUCCUUCACUGGCCAAUCAGAGUGGCCCUCCUUCACUGGCCAAUCAAAACUCGCCACAGUUUUCCCGAAACAACUCUGUUGAUCAGGUACAGCAGCAUAUGACAGCUGUGGAUCAGGUGGCUGCUAUCCAAGCAAUGCUUGCUGCAGACAGACUGAAGCAGGCAAGACCAGUGAUGGGCACCCCGUUAUCUUCAAGUGUGACCAUGCAGGCUGCAGGAAGGCCAAUAGUUAAAGGAAUGAAUGUGAAUUCUUCACUUCCACAACAAAACCAUGCUCAGCUGAACAAGAUUUUAAGUCCACAGAUCUCUAAUCCUAACAUGGUGAAGCCUGACCUGCAGACACCCCCACAGCGUCCAAUUGUAGGGUCAGGUGCCACACCCAUCUCCACCUCUGGUGUAGAAUUGAGUAAAGUUCUACAGCAGAGACAUGUCAUUUCACCAAACCCCUUGACCCGUCCCUCAGUAGGGACACCACAAGGUCUUCCCAUGGGGAUCCCUAUCACUGGCAGACUCCCCCUCCAGCCUCCUGUUAGUGUGGCCCAUAACCCUUUACUGAUGCAGCAAAUGAUGCAAAGCAACAUCUCUCAAACAACAGUUAGAGUUAACACAUUGAACCAGAUAACACAUCUGAACCAAAUGGCCAUGCAAGCUCAGCAUCAGCGGAUGGUGGAUCCAAGAUUACAGGGUAUUAGAGGGGUUUACACUCCCCCUGCAUCUGGUUCCGCUCCCAGGGCAAUGACUAACACUCCCAUAAUGAACAGAACCUUGACUCCCGGAAAACAAGUACUAAAUGGCCCGAUUUCCCCAAACAACAAUAAAGGCAAUGAACCAAAUCUCCUGAAGUGGUUUGGUACAGAUGUCCUCAAAACCCCUCUCCCCCACAUGCCUCCCCUUCCUACCCAGGGACAAAGAGUGAUGACAGUGGAUGAAAUAGAACGCUACACACAGGCUGUGUCUAACUAAUGGGACAAUUAGAACAGAUUGAUUCAUUCUUACAAGCUAGUCAAAAUAUAUAGUUAUACUGGGAAUGGAUGCUGUCUGGUGAAUGAAAUGAUGUAUGAAAUUGAUUGGUGCAUAAAGAGAAUGCUUGAAUUAAGUGCAUGUAUAGUGUAUGAUAUUUUCAACAUUUCGCUCAUUUGGUCUUCGUUAUUUUUGAUAUUUUCUUUUGCCAAUGUGUGCUUUUUAAACAGAGAUACGAUUCCUAAUUUGAACUUUAAGAAAGUCUAUAUGUAUGUGUAGCUAACAACGGAAUGAAGAGUAUAUUGUGAUUGUCUACUUUUGUACAUAUGUAUACAUAUAUGAUAUUGUAAAUAAGUUUUUUUUUCUUCUUGUUUGAAAUGUUCCUUUUCUGAUUGAUAUUGUAAGUCAAUGUUAUACAUUGUAAGUCAUCCAUUGUACAUAUUGUAUAAAGUUACUAUUAUUAGUCUUUGUUCCUGUAAUUUUUUUGGUUGUUCUAAUCUUGUUGCUAUACCAUGUACAUACAAAAUUUGUUGACUUUGUGUGCAGUGUUAAAGGUCCUAUGUGCUGGAUGUUCACAUACAUAUCAGCCUUAUAGAACAAUGUCAGUUUGCUAAUUUCUUUUAUUCGAAUGAUUUUGGUUGAAACAGAUGAUACGUUAGAAAUGUACAGUAUAUAGAUAUUUUUUUCCGAGUUUGAUUAAUUUUGCACUUUCCACCCUAUGUUAAUUAUUGCACUUCUGUAUAGUUGUAAAUAUAUAUAUUUUGCUUUUUGAGUAUUUAGUGUUCUAUGUAUGUUCGUAGUGAAAAAAAUGUGGAAGCAUUUUUAUUGAUAAAAAUUCAUAAAACUAUGUUUGUAAUAUGUGCAUAUUGUGGUUUUGUUUAAAGAAACCUCUUGUAGUUCAUAUUUGUGGCAUAUCAUUUCUCAUUUCCAAGCAUUUCAUAUUCAUUUAUAUAAAGACAGUAUUGCUUCAGAUGUAUAUUAAGGUCUUUUUUUAGUGAUUUGAAAUAUUACAUGUAUUUGAAGAAACAUUUUUUUCAUAAUAUGGUGCAAUUUACUGUGUAUUCUUGCUAUAUAAAUGUGGCUAGUGUUAAUACAACUACAUGUAUACUUAUAACCAAUCAUAGCACAUGAUGGGCAAACUGUCUAAAAUGUUCACUAUACUGUAUUUACACUGUAAGAUACUCAGUUAUUUAUAAUAUGAUAUACUUUUGUACUUUGCAGCUUAAUUACAUCCAACGUUUUCACAAUUCACUCCUUAAAAAAAAAAAACAUUUUUUGACAGCGUUUUAUCCACAAUUGUAAACUUUUUAGGAAACUAUUGCUGUAGAAAGGUUCUUGAAUUUUUCAGUUGGAUGUGUUUGGCAAUGAAUUAAUAUUUUGUAAAAGAGAGAAAGAAAAAAAAUGAUUUGAUUCUAAUAAAAAAUGAAUCCAUGAACUUACAUGAAAUGUUGGGCAAAGAGCAGAAGUAGAUUGGCCUUGUAAAUAAGCAAAGAUUUUUGUUGUACAUUUAUGUUGGAUUCAGUGUUUAUUUACAUUUUUCUAAUAGUGCUAAUUACAUUUAUCUGUUAAUAUUGCAUGUACCUACAUGUAUAUGUUAAUUUUUUUUCCAUGUGUGAUGUGGUGAAGAAGUACAUUUCAUUUUUGAUGUGCUUUAGAAGGUAACUCAAGGAUGAAUUCACCUUCUUUACUGGGAACAACUGACCAUUUUAUUAAAAGGUCUUUUGUGUUAAAAUGAAAAUAAUUUAUUUACUUGCAAGCAUUCAUGAAGAAUUUUGACUACCAUUCAAGAAAAACAUUAUUUAAGAUUUAGCAGUUUUCAUAUUAUGAUAGCAGUUCUAGAGUAUUAACUUGUUUUAGAAUUAAAUAAAUACUGGUCAGUGUAUGAUCCAAACUGGUAAUACAUAAAUUCACUCUGCAAGGUAUGAAAAAUAUUUUAGCAUUUACCCGGUAAUAUUUAUAUUCAAAUUGCCAAUUUCUCUUUUUUUAGUAUCUGCAUACCAACCAUUUAAACCAUUCAAUUCUUAAAAUUGAAGAUACACAUAAUUUAUGUCUUGUUAUUCAGGAUUUCAGCAUGUGGACCAAAUGUUACAGCUCCCAGGCUGAAGCUGGGAAAUAAUUUAAAUAUUUUGAUGCAUUAGAGCUCCAUGUAUGUAAGAGGCUUAUGUGAGGUUGACAGUGUUGGGAGAAAGAGAUCAUCAUCAAGUUUUCGUGUCAAGUAAAUGUUUUGAUGUUGAAGACAUUUAAAACCUUGCAAAAUGUUGUUUAUCAGGAUAGUUAUGAGAUAAAAUUACACUACCCUUGACCUUUGGCUAAAGUUUCCUUAUUUUUGUGUAUAUACGAAAUUUACAUCAGUGUUUUUUUUUUUAAUGAUCUUUAAACCUUCAGUCACAAGAGUGUAUGUCUGAAUUUUAUGUGCUUGAAAUGCAUGUUUUGAAAUCACAUUUUUGUAGUUAUAAUGCCUUUUUCUCAUUUUAUUUGACAAAAAUAUGUGUACAUGUGUAUAAAAUGAUCUUCCAUGGGUCCUUAACACAGAGGCUGUGAGAAGUGUCACCAGGAAUUUCAGUUCACUUCUUUCUAAUGGAUUCAUAUUUGCUGUUAUUUGGUUUAAUUUCUGCAUUGCAGUUGUAAAGUUUUGUAAUUUUAUAUUAAUGAGAAAAAAUAAUUAUAAAUAUUCAGAUUUUUUUUUGUUAUGGCAACAGAUUUGUCAGUUUAGUCAUGUUCAGUUUGAAAGUAAGCCAAGAGCUUGAGGUUCAUGUUCAUUUUAUCUCAUUGCUUUUCUGAAAUAAAGAAUGAAAUCUUG